CCAUUGCUUAGUUGCAAACUUCCUCCUAAUUUAUAAAGCCAGUAAACAUUUGCUCGGCUUUGGAAAUCGCGAUAUUUCCGACAGUCAAUAAAGGCACCACGCGACACAAUUCGGGACGACCAGACGGUGAAAAGCCACUGAAGGAAUCCAGAAGUUACCAAGUUCACAUACCGUGAAGAAGGAGGAGUAACCAGCUGGUUUUUAAUAAGAGGAGGUUUACCUGCCGCAGAUCAUCGAGCUCGGAGCGACGGGGGGAACCUCCAAAAUGGACAGCAGCAAAAUGGAAGACAUGACUGUGGAGCAGAUCGCCAUGAGGUCCAACCAAGUGACUGACGAGUCGCUGGAGAGCACUCGCAGGAUGCUGCAGAUGGCGGAGGAGAGCAGACAGACCGGCACCAACACCAUCGUGAUGUUGGACCAGCAAGGAGAGCAGCUGAGGCGUGUGGACGAGGGCAUGGACCAAAUCAACCAGGACAUGAGGCAGGCGGAGAAAAACCUGACCGACCUCUCCAAGUGCUGCGGCAUGUGCGUGUGUCCCUGUGACAGGGUGUCGUCUAUCGAGAAGGACUCAAAGUACAAGCGCACAUGGGGUCAUAGAGGAGCCGACAACGAGAAUGACUCCAACGGAGGAAAAGUGGUCUCCAGGCAGCCGUCGGCCGUCCGCAACGGGCAGGUCCAGGCCAACGCCUCGGCCCCCUCAGGACCCUACAUCAAGAGGAUAACCAAUGAUGCUCGUGAGGAUGAGAUGGAAGAGAAUCUGGACGCGGUCGGCAGCAUCAUUGGCAACCUGAAAAACAUGGCUCAGGACAUGGGCAACGAGAUAGAUAGUCAGAACAAACACAUCGACGGCAUCAACGACAAGGCGGACAUGAACAAGUUUCGUAUCGAUGAAGCAAACCAGAGAGCCAACAAGCUCAUCAAGUAGACGAGGAACGCUUCUGCCAGUUUAUUCUAUCAACCUCCACCCUCUGUCGCCACACCCAUACACCCACUGCACACUCGCGCACACUCACAGAAAAUAAAAAAAGAAAUUCAGUCAGGAAGAAUAUCUUUGCCGCCUGUGACAUUUCUGCAUUUUCUAAAUCAGCCACCACCAACAUACCCUUUGACACAUGUAUGUAUGCUGGACUUUGAGAAGCAUGAGGGCAUCAGAAGCUGCACCGAGAGGAAGUGACCGCCUGCCCAUCACUGCUGCUCAUAUCAUAUCUCACAGAAAGGGAAGUAGCAAAGGUCAGCUGCUUCGCUUUCUACUUCACCUUUUUCUUAAAGUUAAUAACUCAGAACUGUUUCUCUCUGUGUGUGUGUGUGUGUGUGUGUGUGUGUGUGUGUGUGUGUGUGUGUGUGUGUGUGUGUGUGUGUGUGUGUGUGUGUGUGUGUGUGUGUGUGUGUGUGUGUGUGUGUGUGUGUGUGUGUGUGUGUGUGUAAAAAAAUGCUCAUACGCUGUCUUUAAGUAAUAUACAGCCUGUCGUUCGUUGAAGGAUCACCCUAAUGAUACCCAUCUGGUUUAAUCGUAAAACGUACUCAAAUUCUCAUUGGCUAAUUGUGUAAUGUAUCAUAUAUAAUAGAUUUGAGAUGAUGUGCUUAUUUAAUUUUUUUUUUUCAAGCAGAAAUGACUUGUGAAUAAAGUUGUUGUUUUAUAAACACUUUGUUCUCAUGUCAUUUAAGCCAUUUCAGAUGUAAAAGAUAUUUCAAAAAUAUAUUAAAUGUUGUGCUUUGGAGAGUCAUGGCAAAUCUUUCAUGCUGGAAUUCAAAGCCCCUUCUCCUAAAUGUUUCUGACUCGAAUCCAAGCUUGUUGUAACUUUUUGUGAGAGGUGUUGAACUGGACUUGGAAAUGUAAAAUAUACUAAUUACUUUUCCUUCAAAUGAGAAGGAGGGUCAGUAAGCAUCAUGAAAAACCUUCAUCAGGAACUCCUCCAAAGCAUCUAGUUUAUUUUCUAAUAAAACUAAAUAUGUGAAUCAUGA